CUUCAUCAUCUAUGUAUGUGUUAUGAUGAUUAAAAAAAAGUGGUUAAAUCCUUUCUCAAUAUGAUUUCAUGGCGUCGCCGCCGUCGCCUAUGACCGGGCAGAAUCCCGGUAUUCCAAAACCGGUAGGCCCCAGCUGCAGGCAGGGCAUUCCAUGAAUUGAAUGGAAUUCAAUUCAUUCCUUCCUUAAAAAGAAUAAUUGACCCUUCUGCCUUCUGCCCAAAAUCCCUCUCCCCACUCCCUUCAUUUCGUUACCCUUUUUUCCCCGCCUCGCCGAUGAAGAGCAACAAAAAGGAACCCACGUCAUCAGCCCCGACCAUUCUCCGGCUGAUCAACGGGCAGAAGAAAUUGCAGCUCCACAACGUCAUCUUCUUCGUCCUGUUCUUCGCCUUCGGGUUGCUGUCCGGUCUGGGUGUGGGCCUCUACCUGUCGAACAUCUCCUUCACGUUCCAGCUCAGGCAAUUCUCCAUCUCCAAGUCCGGGCCCGGCGGCGGCUCCCCUGUUCUGAUCCGGCGGUCCGACCCGCCGCCGAGCGCGUGGCACGAGAUGGGAGACGAGGAGCUGCUAUGGAGGGCGUCGAUGGUGCCCCGGGUGCCCGAAUUCCCCUUCGACCGGGUGCCCAAAGUGGCGUUCAUGUUCCUGACGGUCGGGGCUCUGCCGUUGGCGCCGCUGUGGGAGCUCUUCUUCAAGGGAGGAGACGACGGUCUUUACACAAUCUACAUUCAUUCGCUUCCCUCGUACGACAACGCGACGGCGGACUUUCCCGUUGGUUCCGUGUUCUACGGCAGGAGGAUCCCCAGCAAGGAUGUGCAGUGGGGGAAAUCCUCGAUGGUCGGAGCCGAACGCCGCCUACUAGCCAACGCGCUCCUCGACUUCUCCAACGAGAGAUUCGUACUGCUGUCAGAAUCCUGCAUCCCGCUGUACAACUUCACCACCAUCUACAACCACCUCAUCAACUCCCCGGAGUCCCACGUGGAGGUCUACGACCAACUGGGCCCGGUGGGCCGCGGCAGGUACAACCCGGCGAUGGACCCGGUCAUCAAGCUGGCCCAUUGGCGGAAGGGUUCCCAGUGGUUCGAGAUGGACCGCCGGCUGGCCGUGGAAGUGGUCUCCGACCGAACCUACUUCCCGACGUUCGAGAAGUUCUGCAACGGGUCCUGCUACGGGGACGAGCAUUACCUGCCCACGCUGGUCAACAUUAGGUUCGGGGGUUGGAACUCCAACCGGACCUUGACUUGGGCCGACUGGUCGAUUCGUGGGCCGCACCCGAGGAGCUUCUGGAGGCCCGACGUCACGGUUGGGUUCCUGGAGGGGUUGAGAGACGGGGGGAAGUGCGAGGAGUACGGGAAGAGCGUCGGAGGCGCCGCCGGGGGAGGAAUAGGAGUUCAUUAUUAUGAAACUCGUAACAAUAAGAGUGACAGUAGUGGUACCGGCGAUAGAGGAUCAAAGUGCUUCUUGUUUGCUAGGAAGUUCCGUUCUCAUUCUCUGACUAGGUUGUUGAGAUUUGCUCCUGGUGUUAUGCAAUUUUAGUUUGUAAUUAGAACUUAGAAGUACGGUUUGAGUAAUUUGAUUCAAGGAACACCCCAUGUCAGUUAUGGUCGAAUGUCUUUGAUGAAUAGAAUUCUACAAUUUGU